AUGUCUGAAAGCACAAUUCUGAAGGAAGAAUCCCAACAUCUUCUACCACUAACAUUUAAUGAUUUAAGUGAUGCAAAUAACGAUGAUACAGAUUGUCACAGCGGAUAUUUAGGAGAGGGGACCGGUACAACUGAGUCUAUCUCGUUAAAGGAUCGGUUACAUAAUCUUUUUUAUUUCCAAAGGCAUGAGGACCUUGAUAAGGCUUAUCCUUUCAAGGUCAACUCUCUCAUAGUUGAAGAAAGGUCAUUUCGCUUUCAGUAUCCACCUAAAAAUGGUCUUGAAAAACUAGUUAGAUAUAUUCUAGAUAAAAUACAUUACUCUACGCAAGAUUCAUCGGAUCAUGUUUUCUCCUUGGGUUACUUUGAUGAUUCAGGUGAAUUGAUUACAAUAACCAGUGAUGAAGAUCUCUUGGAAUGUGUCCAUUCCUUUAACUUAAAUAACAAACUUUCUAAGGACAUCCUUUUAAUGGCUUACAAGAAUGAAGAUCAUUUACAGAUAGUAAAGGAAAUUAAAAGGAAGAAGCAGCUUCAGCUCAACAUAGCAAGGGCGAUAUGCCUUCUGUUGUUUUUAAUUAUGCCACUUAAUUUGUUUUUAUCUUGA